UAUGCCUGCAGGGUCUCUCCGCAUUUGAUGAUUGGAAUCUCUUUCCCCGCGUUCUCGUGACAACCGACGUGUGGCCUCAACAACUCGACAAUAACAAAAUCUACGCUCAGUUCGGACCACCAACAUGGCCUUUAUAAGAACAUAUAAAACUACCGACUUUGAGGCGACAGCUCACAUUUGUCGAGCCACACUCGCGCCCUCACUACGACCAUCUCAAGAUGCCUGCAGGAUGGCUCCCUAUAUCUGGACACACCAGUACACACAUCUAUCACCAACCACCUGUUUCGUGCUCGACGACGGCACCGGCCGCGCGGUAGGCUACUGCAUCGGUUGCCCCGACAUUACGACCUUUAUCGAGGCAUAUCCGCGCUACGUCAAGGACAUCCUCGAGACGAGAGAUGAGGUCGGGCCCGCGCCACCCCCCGGGGACCUGCAACCCUUCACGACGGGCGACGGGCAGGUCAACGAGGCGUGCCUGCGACAGCUGGCGUACGAUCCACAGUGCCUCCUGAAGCGGGAGAACGCGGACCUGAUCGACGAGCAGGGCUACUGGGGCACAAUGCACAUUGACCUGCUGGACGAGUGGCAGGGCAAGGGGUGGGGACGGAAGCUGAUCGAGGCGUUUGUGGCGAGCGUGAGGGCGCAGAAGAAGGCGGAGAGCAAGGGUGUCUUUAUUGGCAUUGCGCCCGAGAAUGACAAGGUCGUGGCGUUUUAUGAGAAGAUGGGGUUCCAGAGGGUGGACGGGGUAGGGUUGAGGAUGGUGCGAGAUAUCUAGGGGGGAGGACGUCGUCGACAUCUAUCAGUGGGUGAGUAGUAGACAAGAUGCUUUGUGGUACAUGGCCAAUGUCAAUUACUGCGGAUUGAAAUGAUGCAAUGUACAUGGAAGAAACUCAAUUGGCUGACAAGAAGUCGCUUUCGCUGAAAAGAACGCUGGGUAUCAACACGCAAAUGGACUUGGCCCUU